CAAUAAAUAUCUGUAUGACUUUCGAUUGGGCCCCUUUGGUCGACAGGUCUCCUUUCAUUCUAAUUUCUACAACACAGGGGAGAUUUUUUGUCACAAAAAAAAAAAAAAAAUAGAAAUAGAAAUAAACCUAAAAUUAAAAUCAAAUCCAUUCGUAAAAACAGCCAUUAAGCUUGGCUAUGUAUUUGGCUAUAUCACAAUAAACCAAAUUGAGCGUUAAUAAAUCCACAAUGGCAACUUCCAGAUCUCAGAAAGAAGUGAAAAACUGGCCCGGCAUCUUGGACUCUAGCUGCGCCUUGAGACGUUUCUUCUAUCCAACGGCCCAGGCUGCCAGAAAACCCAAGUCCAUGUCUGCUCCGCCGCCUACAGCCGUCCCCGCUCCCGCUGCCAUUCCCGCAGCCAUGCCAGAUGCCAUACCAGCUUCAGACAUCGAGACUACGACCGAAGGGAGCACUGACGCCAGCCUCGUCACUACCGUCCGAUCGGAAAAGGAGGCCAAGCUUCGACCGCCGGUGAACGCGGCCUGGCAACUGGCCAGUGAUCCCUCAAACCUAGCCGAUGUUGGACGACGGAAGAGUCGCCUCUUAAAGGAACUCAAGCCGGCCAAGAAAACUGAGCGCAAGGCUUGGGUCUGGGCAGCUAGGCUGGAGCGGCUGGAAAGGGCGGCAAGAAUCGAGAAGUCAGAAUGGAUGGAAGUACCACAGGAAAUGGAGCAGCCCUCCGCGUCCUCCCAGAGGCUCCAGCGGCUCAUGCGGCCCCUGAGAUGCAAGACGAAGUGCCAGAACAGGUCCUCUGCCCACAGAAUCCAAAGGGCCCAGAAAUUUAAACCGAGUUGUCCGAAAAAGGCCCGCAAGAAAGUGUCCAAACGAAAUCUAAAAUCACAGACACCCAUAUAUCGAAGACGCCACCCCUGGCGUUUCCAAUACACGAAGAAUGACAUCCUGGUGGUGGACGCCAAGAGUAAGCCAUUCCAGCAGGCCGAGCGGGAGGUAGCCGGAAGCAGUGCAUCAACCGGCCGGAAUCGGCAAAGAAGAGGUAGCCAAAGUAUGAUGGCUGGUCAUACCAUAAAAGGAUCCGGAGUUCCACUGUGCCAACGACCCACCGUACUCAUGGGCCAAGGAUACCCCUACACCAGACAGAUGCAGCUGCGCCAGGAGCAGCUCUUCCGGCAGCCGGAGUACUACGACCAGUACAUGAUCAUGUUGCAGCAGCAGCAGCACAAGAUGCAACAACAGCGCCAGCAGGAGCAACAACACCAACACCAGCAGCAACAUCAGCAACAUAUAAAGUGGCAGCAACAUGCAACAAAGCGACGACGCUGCCGUCAACAUUGGAUUAAACAUCUUCAGCUACUGGGACUGGGACUGGUUGUCAUCGUUCUGGCCAGCACCCCCUGCCACGCCCAGCAACAGAAGUUCCGCACCACGCCCCAUGACCUGCAGGUCCUGGAAGGAGCCGAGGCCAUGAUGCGGUGCGAGGUGGCCAACCUAGCCGGAGCGGUUCAGUGGACAAAGGAUGGCUUUGCUCUGGGCUUCUCGGCGGUGAUACCCGGCUAUCCCCGAUACUCCGUGCUGGGUGACCGCAAGCAGGGCGUCUACAACCUCCGGAUCUCGAAUGCCUCGAUCAGCGACGACGCCGACUAUCAGUGCCAGGUCGGUCCGGCGAGGCUCAACAGUGCCAUCCGGGCGAAUGCCAAGUUAACAGUCAUAUCUCCGCCAGCCUCGAUCGAGAUCAAAGGUUACAGCCACAACUCCAAGGUUGAGGUGCGCGAGAACCAGGACCUGCAGCUCAAGUGCAUUGUGGCCAAUGCUAAGCCGGCGGCCCAAAUCGUAUGGUAUCGCGGCAAUGUGGAGUACAAGCCAGAAAAGGGAGAAGAUCUGGUGGAGGAGACAAACUCCAAACGGUUCACCACCACAUCCACCCUGAAGCUGAAGCCCGGAUCCGAUGACGACUACACGGAGUACACGUGCCAGGCGAAGCACAAGGCCCUCUCGCCGGACAUGCCCAUGCGAGUCACCGUUCAACUGUCCGUGUUGUAUCCGCCGGGACCGCCGUACAUCGAGGGCUACUCUCCGGGCGAAACACUGCGUCGCGGCCAGACCGUAGAACUCAUGUGCCGGAGUCGGGGCGGCAAUCCGCCAGCUCAGCUAAUUUGGUACAAAAAUGGAUCCCAGAUACGUAUGGCCUACAGAACAUCUGGUCGAUUAUCGGAGAAUAUCUAUACAUUUACCGCCGCGGCGGGCGACAACAAAGCGAGAUUCCGGUGCGAGGCGAGCAAUGUGAUGUCCCAGACGCCUCUGAAAGCGGAAGUGGAGCUGUCUGUCCUGUUUGCACCCACCCACGUCACCGUAAUGGGACCCACCGAGGCCCGGGUCGGCGAUAUUGUGCCACUGACAUGCACCACAGCGCCAUCGAAUCCGCCCGCCGAGAUCAAGUGGAUGGUUGGUGGGCGGCAGGUGCGCAAUGCCACCUCAAAGACGAUUGUCAGUCCCGAGGGCGGCUGGACUACCAGCUCGAACAUCACCGCCGCCGUGGAGCCCAACAAGCGCUCUCUGGUCGCCAUCUGUCACGGGCUCAAUAUGCAGCUGACCGAGAAUGUGGUCUCCACCCACACCAUCAAUGUUCUGUAUCCACCCGCGCCACCAUUAAUUUCUGGCUAUAUAGAGGGACAAAUUAUCCCAGCUGGGUCGGUGCAAAAACUGCUCUGCGUUUCAUCAGGCGGCAAUCCGUUGGCGACGCUAACAUGGUAUAAAAACGACAAAAGGAUCAACUCGGUUAUCCGCUCGGCGGACAAGUCGGUUUCGGCCGAAAUCACCGUUCUGGCGAAUGUGUCCGACAACCAGGCCCAAUACCGCUGCGAGGCCUCCAACAGCGCCACCGAAAUACCACUAUUCCAGUCCACCACACUAAGUGUUCACUUUGCCCCAGAGACGGUCAAAAUACGCAUUGAACCGGAAGAACUGCGACCUGGCAUGGAGGCAACAAUCAUCUGCGACUCCAGCUCCAGCAAUCCUCCGGCAAAGCUGUCCUGGUGGAAGGACGGCAUCCCCAUCGAAGGCAUUAAUAACACGUCCAAGCCGGGCCUCUGGGGCGGUACGGUCUCUACGCUGGAGUUCCGGGUAAACAUCACACAGGAAAUGAACGGCCAGGUGUACACCUGCCAGAGCGCCAACGAAGCUCUCCAAAGAAGCGUUCACGAGGCGGUCACCCUGGAUGUGCUGUAUCGUCCAAAAUUCGUGCCGCCACCCUCGUCGACGGCGGUGGGUGUGGAGGGCGAAUCGCUCCAGGUUUCGCUUCAAACUCGAGCCAAUCCCACUACCGUCACCUACAAAUGGACCAAAGAUGGCAUUGCCAUUCCACAAGACGGAGAGCAUCGCAUCUUUGCGGACGGAGGAAGCCUCAAUUUCACAAGGCUUCACAGGGACGACGCCGGAAUCUACUCCUGCACGGCCAGCAACUCACAGGGCCAGGCCACCCUCAACAUCACCGUGGUGGUGGAGUACGGGACCACCAUCAAGUCGGUGUCCGAGAAUAUUGUCGUGAAUCCUGGCGAGGAUGCGAUGCUAUCGUGCAGUGUGGAGGGCAAGCCGCUGACCGAGGAGCACGUCAAGUGGGAACGAGUCGGCUACGACAUGACAGUGAAGACAUCGACCACUUUCGCCAACGGCACCUCCUACCUGCACAUCAAGGAUGCGCGGCGCGAGGAUGUGGGCAACUUCCGGUGUGUGGCCGACAAUCGCGUCGCAAAUCCAACCAAUCGCGAUAUCCUGCUAAUUGUUAAAUUUUCCCCGGAAAUCGCCAAGGCAGCGACCCUACUUCGAGCUGCCAGUGGAACAGGAGAACGUGGCCGGUUACCCUGCCGAGCUCAAGGAUCCCCCAAGCCGCAAUUCAUUUGGCGCCAGGAUAAGAAGGACCUACCCAUCAACCGCACUUACAAAUACGAGGUGGAAGAGCGCAAGAUCGACUCUCUGACCUACGAGUCCACCCUGAUUGUGGACAAGGUGGCGCCGGCGGACUACGGGGCGUAUGAGUGCGUGGCCCGCAACGAACUGGGCGAGGCGGUGGAGACUGUGCGUCUGGAGAUAACCUCGCAGCCGGAAACGCCAGUGGUCCUCAAUAUCCUGAACGUGACCCAUGACACGGUCACUGUGGCCUGGACGCCGGGCUUCGAUGGCGGCCUAAAGGCCUCCUACCGAGUGCGCUACAGAAUGGCUGACCGUGAGCAGUACAAGUAUGUGGACGGACUUCCGAAUAGCCACAAACUGACCAUCGGCGGGCUGCGCAUGAAUACGCUCUAUCUGUUCUCGGUGAUGGCCUGGAACGAUCUGGGCCAAAGCACUUAUCUGCCGGACUUGGCCCGGGCCCAGACAAAAGCCGAGGCACCGCCCCCCUCGCAUCCGGCCUCGUCGCUGGGAGGUGGACCGCCGACCACUAGCCAGACGCCGCUGGGCGGCACAUCGGGCAUGCUGCUGGUGGGCGUGGGCGCCGGGGUCGUAGUCGUCCUGCUCAACGUGUUUGUUAUCGGCUGCUGUCUGCACAAACGGAACGAGAAGCGCCUCAAGCGAGGAGCUGAACCGAUGCCAGCCGAGUUAACCGAGGACUCCAGCUAUACACCAAACCUGGUCAUAAUUGGCAUCGCCCUGGCUGCCUUUGGCUUCCUCCUGGUGAACGUGGCCCUGGUGGCCUGGUUCGUGGUCCAUCAUCGACGGAAGAAAGUGGCGGAAACUACAAAUCAACCGGCAAAAACGGCAACCAUCGAGAUGUACGCGCCCAGUUCGUAUAAUGACACAGUUACAGGCGAGACGUUGUCCAGCGUAUCCGAGAAGAGCGAAUCCUACUCCAAUGAGGGCAACAGCCAACCGGAAUAUAUUGACGAGGCCCGCAAAAAGGCGGCAUCCACGUAUCUGGUUGAGGGCGCGGAUAUGCCACCACCCAGAUAUCAAAAGGAUGGCACCCUGCCAGUCAUAUAUCCAAAUAAUAUUGUGAAUGCCUGCACACUGCCACACCCGCGGCAUAACAACGGUGGAGCCACUAUCCAAAUGACCCGGGACGAUCAGAUGCUAAUCAACAAGGGCGUCUAUAUACCGUCCCCAUCUCCGGCGCCACCGCCAGAUGGCUCCUACUACAACAUGAACAGCGACAGAUACUUGUCCUAUCCGCCAAUGGAAUACCCGGCUGCUCUGGACUUCACCGCCCAGCCAAUGCCCCUGGCCCAUCUCCAGCCCAUCACAGUGACCUCGCAGGCGGCGUUACUGGCCACCAAUGGCGGAGCCACGCUCAUCGCCAACGGAUCAGCCCCCUCGGCGCUACCAGGUGGCUCGGGCACACUGCGUCGGGGAAUCCUGCGGGGUGUGGUGGGUGUACCGCCACCGGACGUAACCCAUCACACGUCGGCGGUGGGUAGUCCACUGCAGGUACUGCAUGAUCUGCAUCCCGUCAAUCUGAGCGCCUCCACGCUCACCACCAGCACCACCCUGAACGGUAGCCUCCCGACGGCAACCACCGGCACGGCCACGUUGCCCCGCCAGCCACACGGCAUCCUCAAGGACCCCAAUCGCAAUAAGCAGCAGCAGCAACAGCAGCUGCUUAACGCCAGCCUAGUGGGCGUCGGAGUGCCCGUGUCGGCGGGUAUGGGAAGCCUGCAGAUCCUGAACCUGCCGCCGGCGGGAGCCGGACUGGGCAAUAACCUCCUGAUGACGGCUAGCGGAGCCUUUGAUCCUGCGGCGGCGGGCAUGAGCAGCUUUGGAGCCGUUAGUCAAGCCAGCGGCAUCCCGGUGGCCUACACAGACGCGGAUGGACAUCUGGUAUAGCUGUAGGCCGGAACUGGGGCUUUCGGAGGCAACAUCAGCACUAACACCACCACCGCCACCGCCAUCAUGAAAUCCAACACGGAGCCCCGGUUCUGAGAAGCAUCUCAACAACGUCACUAUCCUAUCCUAUAUACUCGUAUCUGUAUCCAGUAUCCAACAACCUGCUCGCCAGGACGUAGCUAGUUUAGGAGCUUUCUAUUCGGCAACCGGGGUCCCCUGUUCCCCCGACUGUCCACUGGCCAUUACCUUAUUCAAAUCAGCCAGCGAAUUAGUUUAUGUAAAUUUUUACCAAAUUCUUUCUGUAUAGCCCACACCUCCGAGUGUGGGUGUUUAUUUAGAUAAGGAUGGGUGGUGUCGCGGGGGAGUGAGCAUAAUUUCGUCGAGAGUUCCACUAAUUAGCCGGGGCCAAGAUGGCUAAGAAGAGUACAAGAAACAUGGCCAGAACCAGAACCAGCACCAGAAACGUUUCGCCGGCGUGGCGUAAAAGGCAGGCCGAAAUAAUUUGAAAUUUCUUUAAGAUGAAAUGGGAAGUUGGGGGCGAAAAACGCGAAACGGUCCAAAGCCGUUUGACAGCUCCCUGGGGUGUGCUCUGGCUCAAGUCGAGUGGGCACGUGAUUGCCCUGGACGCCGCCGCCAGUGACCAUGGUCGGAAGUUGAAGGUUGACAGCCGCUAGCUGCUCCAACGCCCCCCCAAAACUCUAAGAUUGAGGAGCUAGAUUUGGCCCAAUUCCCCUUUAAUGGCUGCCAAGAAAAUCCGACUUGGUAAAUAUUCUAUAAAAGUAGACUACCUUGGAAGUGGUUCUUAUUGGUUUUUAAUUUUCAAUGAAAUGGAUGUUGCGGGAAGGUCUUUAAAAAUUUCAGACUCCAUAGAAAGCUGUUCCUUUGAAGUGAAUUCUAACACUUUCUAUCGUGCCAUUUGAUGAACUUUUUAAAAGAAAGAUUCUUUUUUUUAUAUUUUUCCCAACAAUUCAACAGUUUUCGAUCUAAAGGAGUGUAUUUUUUUGUGGCCAUAAAAUCAAUUGCAAUGCUUACCAUUCCAGCAAUCAAUAGUUCCCUCAGAGCUGUUGUACUGUGGGUGCUCCUUGAGACAAAUCCUUCGAAUUCAAAUGCUACGCUGCGCCACGCCCUCGCUCACAUUAUGUACAGAAGUUGGCUCUAUCUGCGCUCCAGCUGCCAUUCAUCGGGCACAGCUCGAGUGGCAUUGCCGCACAUAAACAGUUUUCAUUUGCCACUCGUCGCAGCUCAGCGAGCGUGACAUGCCAAUCCUGGUCUGGUCGGUCGGCUGCUAAGCCAUUAUCCUUCCUCACCCAUCCCAAAAGUCCCCAAAAAGCAAAGGAGUCCCGGAAUCUCCGGACCACUCCAAGGGCUCGAAUGUUUUUGGUGGGAAAAGCGUUAAACACAUGCCCCGCAUCCCUUACGUCCUUAAAUCCUUACGUCCUUGCAUCCUCAUCCGCAUCCGUAUCUUGUGCUUUGACUUUGUAGUCAAGUUGCCGGGAUCCUCGAGCAUCGAGCAUCGUGCAUAAUUGCCAGCAGCAUCUCGGAGCGGAAUGUGUGGAUUUUAAUAUUCAUUCGUCUGUAAUUGCUGCAUCUGGAGAGUGCAGACAAUCGCAGCUGCACUCGCCUCCCAUCCUUUCAUCCUGCAACAGGAUUAUCGCAUGUGAAUAAAUGCCCUGAUUUCGGGAAUAGAUAUUGCAGAUGGUAGUAUGGAGAACUCUCGAGAAGGGGGCGGCGGUAAAACAAACACUGACGUGAAUCCCCUUCUGUGUGUAAUUAAAAGUGAAAUUAUCUUUGAAAUUAACGCACGCGUAGACAAAGACAAAGGCGAAAAGGAAAAGCGAGUGGGAAAUGAAGAAAAAUGCUCCGAAAGCUGAGAACCGAGAAUUGAAUUAAGAACGAAGAUGAGGCAACUUUGUAUCUGUGCCAGUGUGGUUCUGGGUGUGUGCGUGUGUGUGUGUGCUUGCCACACAUGGAUUUCCGCCAUUGAAUAAUGACGAUUGCAGUGGCCAGAUAAAGGUUAAAUGAGCAGGAAAACAAGGGGGAAUUAUUUUGCAGAUGAGCCUGUUGCCUGUGGGCUCCGCCAUGCCACCCAUCCAUCCAUCAAAGGACAGUAGGGUACUGGGGACUCUGGGGCGGCCCUUCUAUAACAGAUAUGUGAAUGUAUAGCUUGUACUAACCAACUCAACGAGUAGUGCUGCCAAAACUGCAUUAAUAAUUAGCAUUAAGCUGGAUCCGUAGCCUAAGUAGCUAAGCCAAAACAAAUUUUGAAUUCAAUCAGCAAGCCAAACCAUUCAAAGUUGUACAAUACCACAGAGCAGAAACAGCAGCAGCAGUAAUGAUUAAUAACUAAAUAUAAACAAAAAGGACAAAUGCAGGUAUAUCGAUACAGAAAAACAAACACAAACGGAGGACGACAGAGUCAUUGCAAUUCAUAGGUGUAAUCGUAGCAUACAUUUUCGCGUCUCGUAACUUUUAGAAUCCUGUCCCCAUCCUAAGGAGCACUAAGGUGGGCAUAUACUUAGGAAUAACAAACUCGCUGUUUUUCUUAGGGAUAACUAUUUGAUUGCACUCGAACUUAAUACUCAAACGAAAUCGAACUCGAAAUGUAUCUUGUAACUGAAUCCACAUUUAAGAACGCCCCCGCCCCCCAUCUCACACAAAUCUUGUAUGUCUUCCCCAGCUUGACGAUUGUUUGUUGCAUUGAUUUUAUCCGAAUACGUACUUAUAAUAUAUAUAUAUAUUAAAUUAAAUUAAUUACUUUUAUAAAUAUGAGUAUGGUAUUUAAGUUAAAAGAUUAGCACACUUGUCGGGGGAAAGUAAAUAAGACUUAUUGUAGAUAAUUAUGUUUAAAACACUUAACGAAUCGAAUCGAAUAGAAACGAAAUCAAGUUGUUCAAUUUGUAUUUUUGCCAAAGAGAUAUUUGUUAAACAAAGAGCCGAUUAACUUGAUUCUAGACUAUUUUUCUCUCAGUGUGUGAGUGUGUGUGCUUGUUUCACUCUCGCUGUAGUAUGUAUGUAUGUGUAUAAGUACUUACAAUUAUUUGUUGGUAAUUACUUAACGAUUAUGUAUUUCUAACUGAAUCUGUGUAUGAUUUUAGAAAUCCUCUCACUCGAUAUUAAAGGUAGAAUAAUGGGCAGCUGCAGCUGAAGGCGAUGACACACAAGACUUGAUUACUGAACCUAGGCUAAUGUUAAAUGUUAAAUUCAAAUCGAAACUUAAACGCAGCUACAUACAUAAGUAAAUAAAACAGAGAAUUAAUUCUAAACCCUAAACACUAGAGCAGAAUGUUUGUAUGUGUGUAUGAUUAUUUACAAGAGUAUGUGAAUGUUUUUACGACACUUAUUGAGUUAUUUGAUUAUAUAUUUUAUGUAGUCUGUAUGCGUAUAUCUAAUACAUGUAAUUAACUGAAACGGUUGAGAAGCAUUUGUACAGUAGUCGAGAGGAAAACAAUAAUUAACAAGGCGUAAGUUCAUUCAAAGAAGCAAAACAAAACAACACACAUAAAAUAAAGUAAAAAAUAAAAUAUAAAUUUAAAACAAAAACGCAUAGUUCAUAACUCAAAGCAUAAGCCGCCACUCAGAAAAAUUGUAUAAAAAAAAAGAAUAAAAAAAAAUUAUUAAGAAAAAAAUGAAAAUUAAUGCAUAUUAAAUCUACUGCAUUUUUAAAAACGAUCUGUUAACAAAUGAAUAAUAAAAACGUAAAAAAACGAUGAAUACCAAAAA